UUCGUAUUUCAUAAAUUUUGAUGUUUUUUUAAUAUUUCCUCAUAUUUGGGACAAUAACUAUGAUAUUAGACUGAAAGAAUAAUUACUCAUUUUCAAUCUUAGCAACAUUUAAGAUGUUCACGGCAAGCGCAAAAAUAGUAAAAAGCGGUGGUGCCGAGCCAGAUGCAUUCGAGUCGAGUAUUUCUCAGGCUCUUCUCGAAUUAGAGAUGAACAGUGAUCUAAAAUCACAGCUAAGGGAACUUUACAUUACCAAAGCUCGUGAGAUCGAAACAAACAAUAAAAAAUCAAUCAUCAUCUACGUACCGAUGCCAAAAUUAAAGGCAUUCCAAAAAAUUCAAACAAGACUUGUACGUGAAUUGGAGAAAAAGUUUUCUGGCAAACACGUGAUGUUUGUUGGCGAGAGAAAAAUUUUACCUAAACCUACACGUAAAACUCGCACGAAAAAUAAGCAAAAGAGGCCACGAAGCCGUACUUUGACUGCAGUUUAUGAUGCACUUCUUGAAGAUUUGGUUUACCCUGUUGAAAUCGUAGGAAAACGUAUUAGAGUGAAAUUAGAUGGUUCACAAUUAAUCAAAGUCCAUCUCGAUAAAAAUGAACAAACUAAUAUUGAGCAUAAGGUUGAUACUUUUGCUGCUGUUUAUAAAAAGUUAACUGGUCGGGAUGUAACAUUUGAGUUCCCAGAUUUAUAUGUGUAAUGAACACUUAAAUAAAAAAAAUAAUAAAACUUCAACAUAAA